AUCCCCGCGGGAGAGGGGCGGGGUUUCAACCUUUUGACUCCACCUCGGUCUAUGCGGCGCGGACCAACCCAAACCUUCAGCUGGGGGGGGCGUGGCUUGAAGUCCCCUCCUAGGUUCCCGGGAUCACGGUUUACCCCUGGUGCUGGCGGCAAGACUAGGCGACCUCCAGCUGGUCUCUGUCGCGCGGGUCCUCCCAGAGGUGGCACCAUGGAGCACUCUCCUGGAGAGGGCUCCAACCCCAGCCCCACUGACCAGCCCUCGGCUCCCUCCGACCCUCCUGACCAGUCCCCAGCUGCUCACACAAAGCCGGACCCAGGUUCUGCGGGCCCACCUGCCAGCCCAGGCGCAGCGGGUGAGGCCCUGGCGGUGCUGAUUUCUUUCGGGCGGCGGUUGUUGGUGUUGGUGCCGGUGUACCUGGCCGGGGCAGCGGGACUCAGCGUGGGUUUCGUGCUCUUCGGCCUCGCCCUCUACCUGGGCUGGCGCCGGGUCCGCGACGAGAAAGAACGGAGCCUUCGAGCAGCGAGGCAGCUGCUGGACAACGAGGAGCGACUCACGGCAGAAACACUGUAUAUGAGCCAUCGAGAGCUACCUGCCUGGGUCAGCUUCCCAGACGUGGAAAAGGCUGAAUGGCUAAAUAAGAUCGUGGCCCAGGUCUGGCCCUUCCUGGGCCAGUACAUGGAGAAGCUACUGGCUGAAACUGUGGCCCCAGCUGUUCGGGGAUCUAACCCCCAUCUGCAAACAUUCACAUUUACACGUGUGGAACUGGGUGAAAAGCCAUUGCGCAUCAUAGGAGUCAAGGUUCACCCUGGUCAGAAAAAAGAGCAGAUCCUACUGGACUUGAACAUCAGCUAUGUAGGUGACCUGCAGAUUGAUGUGGAAGUGAAGAAAUAUUUCUGCAAGGCAGGAGUCAAGGGCAUGCAGCUGCAUGGCAUCUUGCGGGUGAUUCUUGAGCCGCUCAUGGGAGACCUUCCGAUUGUGGGGGCCGUGUCGAUGUUCUUCAUCCGACGCCCGACUCUAGACAUCAACUGGACUGGGAUGACCAACCUGUUGGAUAUCCCAGGACUCAGCUCACUCUCUGACACCAUGAUCAUGGACUCCAUCGCUGCCUUCCUCGUGUUGCCCAACCGAUUAUUGGUGCCCCUUGUGCCUGACCUUCAAGAUGUGGCUCAGUUGCGUUCCCCUCUGCCCAGGGGCAUCGUUCGGGUUCACCUACUGGCUGCUCGAGGGCUGAGUUCUAAGGACAAAUAUGUGAAGGGCUUGAUUGAGGGCAAGUCAGACCCCUAUGCACUUGUGCGUUUGGGCACCCAGACAUUCUGCAGUCGUGUCAUCGAUGAGGAGCUCAACCCCCAGUGGGGAGAGACUUACGAGGUGAUGGUCCAUGAGGUCCCCGGGCAGGAGAUUGAGGUGGAAGUGUUUGACAAGGAUCCAGAUAAAGAUGACUUUCUGGGCAGAAUGAAGCUGGAUGUAGGGAAGGUAUUACAGGCAGGAGUACUGGAUGAUUGGUUCCCUCUACAAGGUGGGCAAGGCCAAGUUCACUUGAGGCUAGAAUGGCUAUCACUUUUGCCAGGUGCAGAAAAACUGGAGCAGGUUCUGCAAUGGAACCGGGGUGUUUCCUCUCGACCAGAGCCGCCAUCAGCUGCCAUCUUAGUUGUCUACCUGGAUCGGGCCCAGGAUCUUCCUCUGAAGAAGGGGAAUAAGGAACCCAACCCCAUGGUACAACUGUCAAUUCAGGAUGUGACCCAGGAGAGCAAGGCUGUGUAUAGCACCAACAGCCCAGUGUGGGAGGAAGCUUUCCGGUUCUUCCUGCAAGACCCUAGAAGCCAAGAACUCGAUGUGCAGGUGAAGGAUGACUCCAGGGCCCUGACUUUGGGGACAUUGACCCUGCCUCUGGCUCGCCUGCUGACUGCCCCUGACCUCACCCUGGACCAGUGGUUCCAGCUCAGCAGCUCUGGCCUAAACUCUAGGCUCUACAUGAAACUGGUGAUGAGGAUCUUGUACUUGGAUUCAUCAGAAAUAUGCUUCCCUGCUGGGCCUGGUGCUCCAGGUGCUCUGGGCCCGGACAGUGAGAGUCCCCAGACAGGCAGCAGUGUGGAUGCCCCACCACGACCCUGUCAUACUACUCCUGACAGUCACUUUGGGACCGAGAAUGUGCUUCGGAUCCAUGUGUUAGAGGCCCAAGACCUAAUUGCCAAAGACCGUUUCUUGGGGGGAUUGGUGAAGGGCAAGUCAGACCCUUAUGUCAAACUGAAGCUGGCAGGACGAACCUUCCGGAGCCGUGUUGUUCGGGAAGAUCUCAAUCCCCGCUGGAAUGAGGUUUUUGAGGUGAUUGUAACAUCAAUUCCAGGCCAAGAGCUAGAUGUGGAGGUCUUUGACAAGGACUUGGAUAAGGAUGACUUCCUGGGCAGGUGUAAAGUGAGUCUUGCCACAGUCCUAAACAGUGGCUUCCUUGAUGAGUGGCUGGCCCUGGAGGACGUCCCAUCUGGCCGCCUGCACUUGCGCCUGGAGCGGCUCACACCUCGUCCCACGGCUGCUGAGCUGGAGGAGGUGCUGCAGGUGAACAGUUUGAUACAGACGCAGAAGAGUGCGGAACUGGCAGCAGCCCUGCUGUCGGUCUACCUGGAGCGGGCAGAGGACCUGCCGCUCCGAAAAGGUACCAAGCCUCCCAGCCCUUAUGCUACUCUUACCGUGGGAGAUACUUCUCAUAAAACCAAGACUGUUUCCCAGGCUUCAGCCCCUAUCUGGGAUGAGAGUGCCUCUUUUCUCAUCAGGAAACCACACGUUGAGAGCCUGGAGUUGCAGGUUCGGGGUGAGGGCACUGGUGCUCUGGGCUCGUUAUCCCUGGCCCUCUCAGAGCUCCUCGCAGCCGACCACCUCUGCUUGGAUCGCUGGUUUACGCUCAACAACGGUCAGGGGCAGGUGCUGCUGAGAGCACAGCUAGGGAUCCUGGUGUCCCAGCAUUCAGGAGUGGAAGCUCACAGCCACAGCUAUAGCCCCAGCUCCUCCUCUCUGAGUGAAGAAGUCGAGCUCUGGGGGGGCCUCCCUCAUAUCACCGCCUCUGCCCCCGAGCUCCGCCAGCGCCUAACACACAGUGACAGUCCCUCAGAGGCUCCAGCCGGACCUCUGGGCCAGGUGAAGCUGACCGUGUGGUACUACAGCGAGGAACGCAAGCUGGUCAGCAUUGUUCACAGUUGCCGGGCCCUUCGGCAAAAUGGGCGGGACCCCCCUGACCCCUACGUAUCACUGUUGCUACUGCCAGACAAGAACCGAGGCACCAAGAGAAAGACCUCACAGAAGAAGAGGACCCUCAAUCCUGAAUUCAAUGAGCGGUUUGAGUGGGAACUGCCCCUGGAUGAAGCCCUGAAGCGAAAGCUGGAUGUCUCUGUGAAGUCAAAUUCCUCCUUCAUGUCAAGAGAGCGUGAGCUGCUGGGGAAGGUGCAGUUGGACCUAGCUGAGAUAGACCUUUCCCAGGGCGCAGCCCGAUGGUAUGACCUGAUGGAUGACAAGGACAAGGGCAGCUCCUAGAGCCAAUGAGGACUGCUUGAGUCUGCUCUGUCUUGCCUUGCCCCUUGCUGCAUCACCGCCUCGAUGGGAUGAGCCUAUAGCCAGGGUCCAAGGGCAGAGCCUGUGCCCUUCACCCUUUCACCUCCCAGGCCCAUACUUGGGCCCUUGCCUGACCAAAGAGAAGACCCGUAUGUUACCCUUCACUGCACGGCCUUUAUCCUUAUGGGCUCCUGGGGCAGGGACCCAAGCUGACUAUUUCCUGCUCUGCCUGCACAUUGCUCUCCCCUCCUCCCAACUCCUCAGGGCCUCUGUACCUGUGCCUGGCCACUGGCAGCACCUGCAGUGGCUUAGCUUAUGCCAAAUACAGCUCUGGAAAGAUCUGUCUUUAGCUGAAUGGUCACCAUUGUGGCUAGCAUGGGCAGCCAGGAAGGAUAAACACGUGGGUGGGAAGGUGGGUAGGCUAGCCUCGAGCUGUGAGCUAGCUCAAGCUCUGGACUGCUGCAUGUGCAGACGCAGGGCAGCCUGGGCCCCCAUGUCCAGUUCUGGGCCCACUUUCCUCAAGCCCGUCUUGAAAAAUGACACCUGCUGUAAUGGCUGGGGCCAGUCUCUUGAUUUGAGCUGGGAACUGGGGCCUCCAAUCAGCAGGAUGUCAGUCAGGGUGCCACCAGUUGGUGAUGUGCAGAGGGCCGUGAGGACUCGGGACAGCAGGGCCAAAUUUUUGUCCAAGUGCCUAGGCUGUUAACUCACUGACUGUAACUGAGUCUGAGACUCUGUUUUGCCCACUGUAUCUUAUAUUAAACGUGAUACUCAAACCA